CUCUAUCACACCAAAAUUUAUUCCAAUCAAACUAUUUCGUAAUUAGAAGUAAAGGAAAGGGCAAAAUUGUCCGCAUAGACUCCGGCGCCGCUAUGAGUACAGAGUACACAGAUCUAUGGAUAGAUGAGUUGCCUACUUGCCUUUUUCUCCCCCGGCUCGAUCUCCGGCUAUUCGACUGCUUCUUCUUCUCGCCCUUCUCAUCUCUCAAAUCGGAGCAAUUUUCGGGCCAAGAUGUCGGGAAAAGGCGCCAAGGGUUUGAUCAUGGGCAAAACCUCGGCCAGCGCGGCCAAAGAUAAAGAUAAGGACAAGAAGAAGCCCACCUCUCGCUCAUCUCGCGCCGGUCUCCAGUUUCCCGUUGGACGCAUUCACCGGUUGCUGAAAGAGAGAACAACGGCGAAUGGAAGAGUGGGAGCGACAGCAGCAGUAUACUCUGCAGCCAUUCUGGAGUAUCUGACAGCAGAAGUGUUGGAGUUGGCAGGCAACGCGAGCAAGGAUCUGAAGGUGAAGCGUAUCACUCCAAGGCACUUACAGCUGGCAAUUCGGGGCGACGAAGAACUAGACACCCUCAUCAAAGGAACUAUAGCUGGCGGUGGAGUCAUCCCUCACAUCCACAAGUCACUCAUCAACAAGUCUUCUAAGGAAUGAUUAGGUGAUUGAUUACCUGUUUUCUGGCCACGCCGCCGCCGCCCGCCGGUCAAAGUCGCCGGAAAAUGAACUUUUACCGAUUCC